GUGUACAAAAUGUGAAAGAUUUUAAUUUUCUAAAAAGUAAAGUUUACAAUUAUGUAAAUAUGAAUGGUGGUCAUCAAUUUUUACAAGAAAGUGAGAUUAGAGAGAAGAAAAAGUAUAAUACUAGAUAUCAAGCAUCAACAGUCAAAAAGAAGAAUUUUGGGUUUAUGAAUUUAAACCCAGUAGUUUUGCUCCACAGAAUUGCAAUGCCUGAACCUGAGCCUUCAGCAGCAGCAAUUGAGUCUUUUGAGAAAAUUUUUAAUAGGACUAAAAUUGAAAGUAUUCGAUAUUUGUUGAUAGAAAACAGAAGAAAACCUACGAAAAUUCGCUGGAAAAAUAACUAUUACGUGUGCAAUAUUUGUUCCUGUAAAUUUGGUUCUAGAAGUGAGGUCGAAUCUCACACGCGUAGGCAUUUUUUACGAAGGAAAAAUACU